AUGUCUGGUGUGAGGGAACUCGCAGGAUAUAAGACUUUGACGAGUAAGGUUGUCAAUUGUUUUACACACUGGCCAUCACGUGAGUCAUUUGCUUUGGAUGUCGUUCUCUCCGACGCGUGCAAAAGAGUCAAUGUUUCUGUUCCUUCGGCAGCGAAGGGGCUUGCCGGUCACAAGUGGUGGGAAAAACUCUGCAACGCGUGCGCAGAUAAGCCUUCCAGCUCAAGUUAUGGGAGGGCACUGCUGCGUCAGCGUCUUGUUCAUGCACUGUCGGAGCGAUUGGCGGUAGAUGAAGUUUUUCGCUUAAAUGGGCAUGAAAUUGAAAAAGAAAACAUCGUUGAACCAAUAGUUGUGAUGGGUUUGCCUCGGUGUAAUGGACAUCAGGCGGCGCAUGUUUUGUCUCGCUCAGGUCUUUUUUUGGCUUUUAAACAGAGCGAUACUUUUGCGCCCUCGCUUCUUCUAGAUGUGGAGCGGCGUGAUGCGUUUGAUCGCCAGUUUAAGUGGUUUGCCUCUGUUUUUCCUGAUUUUCGCUGCGUACGAACAAUGAAUCCCGAUCAAAUUGACGACGAUCUCACACUGCAGCUCAUGUGUCCAGAGUCGUAUGCAUGGGGUCUUCUACACGGGCUCGACGAAUAUCUGUUGGAGUGUCUGCAGGAGGAUCAGACACCGGUCUACCAACAUCUUAGGCGCAUGUGUCAGUUGUUUCAAUGGUAUAGACGCUGUGGGCACUUUUCAGAGUGUGUCUUGCGCGAUAUCAAUCCUAUUAAUAAUCCUAUCGAAGAACAAAAAUACGGUCCUAAAUCCCCUCUAUUACAAACACAGUGGCUUCUAUUUUGUCCUUUUGCCAUUUUGAACGUUGAGUCCCUUCAUGAUACAUUUCCCGAUAUGAAAUUAAUUUGGGUACAUCGUGCACUGUCACAGUGUCUCCCAUCAUUGUGUUCAUCGCUGGCAAUUCAUAAUAGCCUGUACACGGGAAAGUCGCCGAGUGAUUCUCAGCUAGUGACAUUGGGGGAUAAAGUACUAGGUACUUUUGGCUCUGGAACGGAAUAUGCCAUUGACUAUCUUGCGGAUUUUGAUAAGACUCGGAUGGUGCACUGGUCCAAUCGAGAUGUAAAGCGGCACACAACGCGGUUAGCAACAAAAACUUUGCAAUAUUUUGGAAUUGACAUUGAUCGCUACCGUCGUAUGCAGGUAAUCAACGCUCAAACAGAGUAUACAGAAGUCUUUCGACCUCUGCAUGACUCACAGAUGCCAUAUUUUGGUUUACACAAUGGUAUUAUUAGCGAAGUUUUUGACAGUUAUAUUUACCAAUUUGAAGAGUUUGCGUAUGAAAAGAAAUUUGGUGUUACGGUUGAGGAUUACCAACCAUUAGCGGCUCCUGCGGAUCAGCAAUCCCUUGGGUCCUUGAGGGUAAACGGCGGGGAUCAGCCUUUCGUUCCGUCGUUUGCGGAUGGUCAGCCAAUGUCUGAUCACUUUUUACAAGAGGGUAAAGGGUUUAAGUGA